AUGUCUCCAAACAAAGAAUUUAUACAGAGUAUUACAGCCACUGCCCAUAAGAUAAUUGACAAACUUUGUUUUUUUGCUCAACAUAAAACAGUUGAUAUAUUCCAGGCAUAUGCAGACAAGAUUAUCCAAGAAACAGAGCUAAGCAGAGACCACCUCACACCUGAACUGAACCUUCACCUUAUCACUCAGUCAUGUCGACUCUGGAAGGCACAACCUGAAGACUCACCUUUUCCUGAACCUUUCUGGGCUUUUUAUUGGCCAGGAGGUCAGGCGGUAGCAAGGUAUGUCUUAGACAGCCCAUAUUUAGUAAAGGGCAAGAGAGUUCUUGACUUUGGCUGUGGUUGUGGAGCAAGUGGGUUAGCUGCUCUCAAGUCCAAGGCUAAGAUGGUGAUGUUUAACGACAUUGAUGAAGAAAACCUCAUAGGAAGCAGCUGUGAAGAAUAUGAUGUGUUGUUAGUUGGAGAUAUGCUCUAUGGCACUGAUUUUGCUGAUGAAGUGUUGCUGUGGUUAGAUAAUAUUCGUAAAAGAGACAAACUGGUGCUUAUUGGAGACCCAGGAAGAUUUGCCCUGGCAUCUCACCCUCUGAAAGCUGACCUAAGGUGCUUUGCAAAAUAUCAUCUAUCUAAAACAACAACCUUAGAAAACAAUGGCUAUUCACAGGCUUGCGUAUGGAGUUUCCUAUGAAUUGAUUAUACAUUUUUAUCAAAGUA